AUGGUCAUUCCCAACAUCAGCUUCUUUGAUGGAUUUCUUCUGCUGGGCUUCUCCAAGCAGCCGCUGCUGGAGGCGGCCCUCUUCGCCAUCGUCCUGGUUUUCUACCUGCUCACCCUGCUGGGCAAUGCGGCCAUCAUUGUUCUGGCUCGCUUGGAUCCCCGGCUCCACAGCCCAAUGUACCUUUUCCUCACCCACUUGUCCUUAAUGGACCUCUGCUAUACCACCAGCACGGCUCCUCAGCUCCUGGCUCACCUGUAUAGCCCAGAGAAGACGAUAACUUAUGGUGGCUGUGUUGUUCAGCUCUAUGUGGCCUUGGCCAUGGGCUCCACUGAGUGCCUGCUCCUCGCGGUCAUGGCUGUGGACCGCUACGUGGCAGUGUGCCGGCCCUUGCACUACACUGUCCUCUUGGGCCCACGCACCUGUUGGAAGCUGGUGGCCACAACCUGGCUCACUGGCCUGGCCAGCUCACUGGUGCAGACUGUGCUCACCACACGGGUCCCGCUUUGUGGAAGAAACGUCAUAGAUCAUGUCUUCUGCGAAGUGCCGGUUCUCCUCAAACUCGCCUGUGUGGACACCACGUUCAAUCGGACGGAGCUCCUGCUGGUCAGUGUGUUCUUCCUCCUGGCACCCCUCACUCUCAUCCUCGGCUCCUAUGGCUGCAUCGCCCAGGCUGUUUGGAAGACCAGGUCUAUCCAGGGCUGGCAGAAGGCCCUGAGCACCUGCUCCUCCCAUCUGGCUGUGGUGUUCCUCUUCUACGGCACCGCUGCGGCCUCCUAUCUGCAGCCCUCUUCUGCCACCUCUCAGGACCGGGACAAGGUCAUGGCCUUGCUCUAUGGCAUUGUCACUCCAACCCUAAAUCCUUUCAUCUACACCCUGCGUAAUAAAGACAUGAAAGGGGCACUGAGGAAGAUGAUGGGGAAACUGUAA